ACAAAAGCCCACUUCUGACUCUAACCCCUUUUUCAGUGCCCUAAUCUAUAUACUACUAGUACUACUAUUUUCCAGCUCCAGCUCCUGGAAAACUCAUGACAUUUUCCUAAUGGCGACAGCAGCAUUGAUAAUCUUCACCAUCGUUACUCUUUUUGCCGUUUCCUCUCUAACGGCGUCAGCUGAAACUCCGUUUGUGGUGGCCCGUAAGAAGGCUUCUGUACUAAAGCUCAAGUCCGGUGCCGAACGGGUCUCCGUUUCAAUUGACAUCUAUAAUCAUGGAUCUCUUGCUAUAUAUGAUGUAAGUCUUGCUGAUGAUAGCUGGUCCACAGAUAUAUUUGAGUUUGUGGCUGGAAACACGUCCAAUUCAUGGGAAAAACUUGAUGCUGGCUCUCAUGUUUCACACGCUUUUGAGUUGGAAUCCAAAGAGAAAACAACUUACUACAGCGCACCUGCUGUCAUAACAUAUCGUAUCCCUACGAAAUCAAAACUUCAGGUAGCAUAUUCUACCCCUAUUCCUGCACUAGAAACCUUAGCAGAAAAAGCUGUUGCCCACAAAUUAGAUUUGGCAAAGAAGUUGCUUGCAAAGUAUGGAUCCCAUGUUUCUUUAGUUCUCAUCGUUGCAUUGUUCGUGCGAAUUAUAUCUAGUCCAUCUUUGAAAUCAAGUGCGACGAACGCAAAGAAAAGACACUGAUCAUCAUCUGCUGUAGCAAAUUUCUUUCACAAAGGCAAGGCCUGAAUCCUGAUACAGAACUUUCUUCAUAAGCAAGUGAAGGAAAACAUUUCAGUGUUACAACGCAUACAAAUCUGUGUAAUUGCAUUUUGAUGAACUGAAAUGUAUUGAAUGAUUUCACUUGGGCUAUAUGAAAUGUUUUAAUGAAUUACUAAAAA